AUGGCUCCGGAAAUCCACGUGGAAAAUGUGGCGGCUCGUCCGCGGCGACCGAAUAUUUGUCGGGUUUUGCGGCGGACCGGUUAUGGAAAAUGUUUGAUGUGCUCGUGGCUUUUGGUGCUAUGUGGAUUCUAUGCCACUUUUUGCCACGUCAAACAUGAAGCCUAUUCGGGCAAUAAACCAUUGUUGAUGUGAGUUGAGGGAAUACACGUGGCAAUCGAAAUUCAGAAUCUGAUCUUUCUCAUUUUUUCAAAAUUCCCGUGUUCAGGGUCCUGAAAUUAAUUCUGGCCCAAGAUUUGCAUAAGAUUACCACUAAUUUUAGUCCCAGCUUUUAAGAAGCCUAGAAUUUAUCCUAACUCAUCUUUACCCUUUUACACUAUUACAGCUAUGAACAUGGCCCUUGUGCUCAAGGCUACAACUUUUGUGCCAAUCGUCUUUGGCCUAAUGCUCUACAUCGUUUAUCUAAUGGAAUGUUGGCAUAG